UAUUUAAUGGUAUGAACUCAUUCAUCUUGCCGUGAAUAUAUAUUUCCGAAGUCUCCUGGUCUGGUUCUCUUGUCUUUCGUUUCUCGAUUGACUCGAUAGGCAUAAGAUUUAAGAAAGGAGGUAGAGGAAAUCCGAAGCAACCUGCUAAUACGAUGAAGAGAGAGCGGCCGAAGGAUCGUAGCGGCGAGCUCGCCUUCAAGCCGAAGAAGCCACAGACUGCGCCUUCCGUGGACGAAGAAUUAUUAUUUCCCUUCUUACCGGAACACAUCGUCACCGAGAUUUUGGUUAGACUGCCGCCGAAAUCUCUGCUACGCUUCAGGUGCCUGUCUCAUCACCAUUCCAAUCUGAUUCAAUCCCCUAAUUUUGUUGCCGCCCACGCCGGCCAUGCUCACCGCAAUCGUACCGGUCUUUUGGUCUAUGCCAAUUCUCAAUCGGGGAAGGAUGUGGUUUCGUUUAUACCCUCCAAAUUAGAAGGAUCAGGAGGAACAAUUAAUGGGUUGGUAUCGGCCUUUCCCUUGCCUUUCUUGAAGAAGAAGGGUUAUGGCGUGGGGAAGAGUACCAGUUUUCAAUGUGCCGGAUCCUUCAACGGCUUAGUCUGUUUCAUCCUCGACACACGAGGAUACUGGGUGCUGUGGAAUCCAGCCACGGACCAGUUCUGCUUUGACGUUAGCCAGCCGGAAAAGAAUCUUCCUCGCAAUCACACGAUUGCUGGAUUUGGUUACGAUUCUGCAGCCAGCGAAUACAAGUCGGUUAGAGUUUCGUGCAACCAUGGUGGUGGAGCUCAAGUAGAGGUUCUAAACUGGGCUGAAAGGCAUUGGACAGAAAUCCAAGACGAGAGCUUCCACGCCAUCUUUACUGCUACUGAGUACCGGGAGCCACACUUUCACAAACCUCCAGUCACAACCAACAACGGGAGAGUGCAUUGGAUGGAGAGCAGUUCUGGUAUGGUGCUUUCCUUCAAACCACACGAUGAGAAGUUCGAGUGGGUGUCAACUCCCGAAGCAUCACUUCCAUGGUCUAUCCAGAGGAGCAUCUGUGCUUGGAAAGGAUCAUUGGCUAUGCUUGUACAACAUGAAAUUCAGCAAGACUCGUUGCUUAGUCUUUGGUUGUACAAUGAUGGAGGAGGAGGAGAAUUAUCAUCAUCAUCAUGGUCUACCUUAUUCACCAUCUCCACCAUGGGUCCGCCUUGCAUGCCGGAGGCCAUAUGGAGAGUCGACGCCCAAAGUUCAUUCUUACUCUAUAUCAACGGCAGUGCCUGCAAUUACAACAAUGGGAAGAGAUUGAAGCUUCCAUAUGUUUGUAUUUAUAGAGCCUUUGAGUUUGCACAAACCUUGGUUCCCAUCCCUGGCUGCAGUUGAAGAAGUUGGAGGCUUGUUGCUUUAUCUCGGCUUUCUCCCUCUUCUUGAAUGCAUAAGUCUCAUCUGGUGAUAGCUUCCCACGGAAAUUCUGGCUCUGAACUGAACCCAAAACCAGAACCUUCUCGGGGAUGAUUUGCUUACCAACAAGCAGUUUUGCAACUAUGUUGGACCUCUCAGCACUCACAGGACACUUGAGGGACACAAGCAGAGUCAAAUUUGCAGCACCGUUGAGCUCGUAGAUAUUGCAGCACUUGUCGGCAGGAGUUGGUUCGAUAGAGUUUCCUGAGAAAGGGAUCUCUGGUAGUAUGAGGCUUCCAAUCAGAGUCUUGGUGCACAGAUUAUCGAAGAGAUACAAAGAUGGAGGCGAUAUUGCAAUGAUCAAAAGAGAUGGGCGGAGUGGUUCAGUUUUAGGGUCAGAGAACAAGAGAAAAGGAGAAGGAAGAGGCUGUGAAGGAGGUGCAAAGUUAUUGAGAUCUUCCUGGAAGAAUCUUGAAGGCGGUGGGAUUUCUGUAAUGACAUCUUCCAU